AGGUCACCUGAGCUGACCUAAUGCAUUAAAUAUAUCAUAUCCCCUUAUUGCAUAUUUAUAAAGUACAAUCUCAAGACAUACGUGGUCACAACACAAUCUUUUCUUCUUUCAUGUCAUCAUCUGGUGUCUGUCCAUUAUGUUUUCUGUCACCGUGUCAUUGCUUGGUCUCAUUUCAUGUGAUCAGAAUUCAUCAGUGUGUAUUCUAUGUGUGUGAUUGAAUGAACUAAAUCAACAAUAAAGCAAGUCCUUUAAUAUAGAUUACAGACUUUGAACCUGUUAAGCUGUAUUCAUACCAGGAAGAAUUGAAACAGAAGGCAUAUAAGGUGAAUGGUGAUUAAAGUAGUGGUGUCCAAUACUUACAUGUUCACCCUCUGACAGCCCUCCCUGUUUUAGCCUCACAGCUUCAACCUCAGCAAUGUGUUCCUCUCAGUGUCAACUUUGGCUAAGCAGCAAAACCUUCUGUCCCACUCUAGAAUAUUCACCAGCUCUCUCGCAGCAGCCCGACUGAGCGAGUUUCUAUUAUUAGCAGCUGAGUCACUGAGCCUGGAGGAGGGGCAGGGGAGGGGCCUGGACUGUUCUGGAAUCCUGGUUGUAACUAUAUAAGCAACAGGCCUGAGUCAGUCCAGGCAUGAGUUUCAGAAGAAACAACACUGGCUGGCAAGAAGCUGACACAAAGGGAACAACCUGAGGAGACUCUGCUGAGAACCUUCUACAUCUCUAAGCAACUGAGUACGCAUCACUGAGACAACAGGAAAGAUGUCUUCAGCAAAGGGAACAUCCAUCGGCAUCGAUCUGGGAACCACCUAUUCAUGUGUUGGGGUUUUCCAACAUGGCAAGGUGGAAAUCAUCGCCAAUGACCAAGGCAACAGGACCACCCCCAGCUAUGUGGCCUUCACUGACACAGAGAGGCUCAUUGGAGACGCCGCCAAGAACCAAGUCGCUAUGAAUCCCUCCAACACGAUAUUUGAUGCCAAACGAUUGAUCGGAAGAAAGUUUAAUGACUCUGUGGUCCAGUCCGACAUGAAGCUCUGGCCCUUCAAGGUGAUCAGCGAUAAUGGAAAGCCCAAAGUUCAGGUGGAGUAUAAAGGCGAGACUAAGACCUUCUUCCCAGAGGAAAUAUCAUCUAUGGUUUUAGUUAAAAUGAAGGAAAUAGCUGAGGCCUACCUGGGACAAAAGGUGUCAAAUGCAGUCAUCACAGUGCCAGCUUAUUUCAACGACUCUCAGAGGCAAGCCACUAAGGACGCUGGAGUCAUCUCUGGACUUAAUGUCCUGAGGAUCAUCAAUGAACCCACAGCAGCAGCUAUCGCCUAUGGCUUGGACAAAGGUAAACGAAGUGAACGCAAUGUGCUUAUCUUCGAUCUUGGUGGAGGCACCUUUGACGUGUCCAUCCUGACCAUUGAGGACGGCAUCUUUGAGGUGAAAGCCACAGCAGGAGACACUCACCUUGGUGGGGAGGACUUUGAUAACCGGAUGGUCAACCACUUUUUGGAGGAAUUUAAAAGAAAACACAAGAAGGACAUCAGCCAAAACAAGAGAGCAGUGAGGAGACUGAGAACAGCUUGUGAGAGAGCGAAGAGGACUCUGUCCUCAAGCACCCAGGCCAGCAUUGAGAUUGACUCUCUGUUUGAGGGCAUUGACUUCUACACCUCCAUCACAAGGGCACGCUUUGAAGAGCUCAACUCAGAGCUCUUCAGGGGAACACUGGAGCCAGUAGAGAAAGCUCUACAAGACGCCAAGAUGGAUAAGUCCAAGAUCCAUGAUAUUGUCCUGGUUGGCGGCUCCACAAGAAUUCCCAAAAUCCAGAAGCUCUUGCAGGACUUCUUUAAUGGCAGAGAACUGAACAAGAGCAUUAACCCAGAUGAAGCUGUGGCAUAUGGUGCAGCAGUCCAAGCUGCCAUCCUCAUGGGUGACACCUCGGAGAAUGUACAAGACCUGCUGCUGCUGGAUGUGGCUCCUCUGUCUCUAGGCAUUGAGACUGCUGGUGGAGUUAUGACGCCUCUCAUCAAACGCAACACCACCAUCCCGAGCAAGCAAACCCAGAUCUUCACCACAUACUCCGAUAAUCAGCCAGGUGUGCUAAUCCAGGUAUAUGAGGGUGAGAGAGCCAUGACCAAGGACAACAACCUCCUGGGAAAGUUUGAGCUGGCAGGUAUCCCUCCCGCACCCCGAGGUGUUCCACAGGUGGAGGUAACCUUUGACAUCGAUGCCAACGGCAUUCUGAACGUGUCCGCUACCGACAAAAGCACGGGCAAGGAAAACAAAAUCACCAUCACCAACGACAAGGGUCGCCUGAGCAAAGAGGAGAUUGAGCGCAUGGUACAGGACGCCGAUAAGUAUAAAGCUGAGGACGACCUGCAGAGGGACAAGGUCGCCGCAAAGAACUCACUGGAGUCCUACGCUUACCACAUGAAGAGCAGUGUUGAGGAUGAGAGUAUGAAAGGAAAGAUUAAGGAGGACGAUAAAAAGAUGGUCAUCGACAAGUGCAACGAGACGAUCUCCUGGCUGGAGAACAACCAGCUGGCGGAGAAAGAAGAGUAUGAGCAUCAGCAGAAAGAACUGGAGAAGGUUUGCAAGCCCAUUGUGACAAAGUUGUACCAGGGAGCAGCACCAGGGAGCUGCAGCGGCCAAGCAGGAGGAAGCUCCCAGGGACCCACUAUUGAGGAAGUGGACUAAUGACCACGAAUGUCAGAAUUUUACGGACAGAAAGACGUCACACAUAUGAUUGUUUAGUUCAACAGAAUCACUGAUUUUGUUCUUGAAUUGUCUUAAUAAAAAUUAUUUAUGUACAAAAAUAAAAAGUAAAUAAAUCACAAACUAUAAAAAA